UACAUGAUGUAUUUUAAUGUUAUUAUUUUUGUGGUUGAGAUGUAUCAUGUCUUUGUUGACCAACCAAUCUUGCUUUUUUUGUCUUUUUCUCGCAUAUCACCUGAAAAUACACACUAAAAAAAUGUGUGGCCUAUAGGCCUAUUAAAUAUUUCGUGAUUCAAAUUUUUCAAAUAUCAGACUCUACGAUGAAGUAAUACGGUUGAUUUUAAGUUUGAAAGUCAACAAAUUAUAAUGUGAUCUUUGAGCUAAUAAUUGAUUAUCAAUUACAUUUACAUUUGGGCUAGGCCUUUUUUGUAUAAUAUGCGCUGUUAACUAUUCCUAUGAACGGAGAGGCACCACCACAGUAAAUAACAAUACAAAAUGGCCGCAUGCUGGUAGUUUGUGUAACAACUGGCAUUUCAAACAAAGCGUUGCGUCGACAACCUGUCUCAUUUUGUUUUAAAUCUUUUCUAUCAUCAGAGUCACAUAAAAGUUCCAACAGGAAAGGUGAAAGGUGCUGCUGGUGUUUGCUGGUUGAAGAGUGGGGCCUCUGGACUGUCAUCAUGGAUACUCCAGACCUUCCAGUGUCCUCAUCGGAAAGUUUGGUGGCAGAGGAGGGCGGAGCUGUUAACUCGAUGGGGAUAGCAGAUGGGGCUGGAGUUUCGUCGAAGCCGGCAGUCACGCUGUCAACGUCUAGUCCAUCUGCCGCAUAUGUGUCAUCUAUGCCAGCUCCCAAACUCCAACUUCCUACCCCCAGAUCUCGACGGAUGCCAUCAGUUGAUCCCAGCACGUUGAUUCCGGCCCGACGAAGUUCUACCCGCUCUAUCAAGCGCAAAAAGUUUGAUGAUGAACUAGUGGAAAGUAGCUUGGUCAAAACUGAACGUGGCCGCCUCAAGUCCGGAGUCACCAGUACGGCCUCAACCCCUGCUCCUUCUCAGACAGCUGCAGCAACUUCGACUGCCCCUUCCCUCGUGUCUACGCCGGCCCCUGUUGCAGGGACUCCCACUGUAGGGAGCAGCAGUACACCAGGGGUGGCCAGUGUGGUUCCCAACCCUCCAGCCGUGUUGAUGACCACGUCACAGUCACAAACUCUGGUCAGCAAGACAGCCACAGAUGAUGGCAAAGAUGUGAGCAGACAGACUGAGUCAAGUGCUCCAGUGAGACCACCGCCGGAGAAACGCAGCAAACCCAGCACUGGCAAAUCUAGUGCUGCGGCCAAAGGCUCCUCAGGGAAAGUGGGUGGAGCUUCCAAGGCGGUACAAGCAAAGUCUGGCCAUGGGAAGGCAACGGGGUCUAAAGUUGGGCUCUCUAAGUCGGGUCACUCCAGGCAGAAGUCUAAGUCGAAGCGGUCGAGGAAGCCAAAGACGUCUGCUCCAGCCGUGAAGGAUCUGGGCCGAUGGAAGCCUCAAGAUGACCUUGCCCUUAUAACAGCGGUGCAGCAGACCAAUGACCUUGCCGCAGUGCACACGGGGGUCAAGUUCUCCUGCCGCUUCACGUUGAAGGAAGUGGAGGAGCGGUGGUACGCUCUACUCUAUGACCAGUCUAUCUCAAAAAUCGCCAUGGAGGCGGCCAGGCAGCUCCACUCCGACACGGUAGCCACCAUCCAGGGCAAGGCCUUGUACAGCAGUGCUGAGGAAAAGCUUCUAGGAACUUUUGCCUCGACCAGUCAGCCGACCCUGGAGAGUUUCCAGUCGCUGCUACAGCAGCAUCCGGACGUCUUCCACCCGGCCCGCACCCCCAAGACGCUGCACUGCCACUGGUUGCUCAUGAAGCAGUACCACCUGUUGCCUGAUCAGACAGUUCAGCCGAUGCCCAGAGGGGACCACAUCCUGAACCUGUCAGACAUUGAGGACUUCAUGAAUGAUGAUGAAGUCAAAGAUGGAACGGACGAGGCCAUGGAACAAGAACUGGCCCUGGUUGACCGGCGUAACAAGAGAGACAUCCGACACCUAGAGCAAGAGAUGCCCAAGUGGCAGGUGCUGGUGGACAGUGUGACAGGUAUCAGCAUGCCAGACUUUGACAGCCAGACGCUGGGUGUGCUGCGGGGUCGACUGGUGCGCUACCUCAUGAGGUCACGAGAGAUUUCUCUGGGCAGGGCCACCAAAGACAACCAUGUGGACGUGGACCUGUCCCUGGAGGGCCCGGCGUGGAAAGUCUCUCGCAGACAGGGCAUCAUCAAACUGAGGAACAGUGGGGAGUUUUUCAUCGCUAAUGAGGGCAAGCGUCCGAUCCUUGUGGAUGGGAAGGCGGUGAUGGCCGGGAACAAACAGAAAUUGAACAAUAACUCUGUGGUGGAGAUCUCCUGUCUGCGGUUCACAUUCCUCAUGAACCAGGACGUCAUUAAUGGCAUCCGGUCGGACGCGUCCAAGUCAGGAUCUUCCUCAGUGGCUUCCAUUUCCUGACAAUCCAUGGUCCCCGUCACCUAACAGCAUUGGACCCUCCCCCUGCACAUUGUACUCCAGUCUGGUGGUCAUGUGGGAAACCAAAUAACUGAGAAACCUGGCCAUCAAGUGCGACAAAGUGUUGAGAAACUUGACGUCAAGUGCGACAAAGUGUUGAGAAACUUGACGUCAAGUGCGACACAGUGUUGAGAAACUUG